UCGGGCAUUUCUAACCCCCAAAUCGGCGAAACGUGAGCGAAAAAUAAUCGGAGGAAAAGAAUGCGGAGUUGGGGCGUCGCAGCGGACAGUGCGGUGCUUCUCCAGCCGGCCGCCGCCGGAUUCAGGGCGCCAGCGGCGGACUUCAGACACCUCGCCUCCUCUUUCUGCCACCCCGACUUGAGGCCCUCCUUCUCCGCCAAGAGUUCUAUUGGUUGGCCCAAGAUUGGUAUCCGAUUAGAAAAUCACCGAACAAGAAUCUUACAAGUGAGAGCACUGGGAAAUUCUAGUGAUGGCCAAACACCGAUUGCCCCACUUCAAUUUGAAUCUCCAACUGGUCAGCUUCUGUCACAAAUAAUGCAAACCCACCCUCAUCUGCUCCCAGCUGCGAUAGAUCAGCAGCUUGAGAGGCUUCACUCUGACAUUGAUGCUGAGAAUGCAAAAACUCCAGUAGCUUCUCAAGACCUCCCCCUUUACAGGAGAAUUGCAGAAGUCAAAGAAAAAGAGAGGCAUAAGGCUUUAGAGGAGAUUAUCUACUGCUUGAUUGUACAAAAAUUCAUGGAGAAGGAAAUCGAUAUGAUCCCCACGGUAACUGCAUCCACGGAUCCUACAUAUCGGGUGGACUCAUGGCCCAAUCAAGAACAUAAAUUGGAAAGCAUGCACUCUCCUGAUGCUCUGGAGAUGAUACAGAGCCAUUUAACCCUUAUUCUCGGAGAAAGAGUGGGUGGCCCACUGAAUACUGUCGCCCAAAUUAGCAAACUUAAACUCGGGAAGCUUUAUGCAGCCUCUAUCAUGUACGGAUAUUUCCUCAAAAGAGUAGAUGAAAGAUACCAACUUGAAAGGACUAUGAAGACCCUUCCGACGAAGCCCAGGGGUCAGAGAAUAUUUGACGAAUUGAAGCCUAACCCACUAUGGGACUUGGAGUCUAUGGUGCAGAUUUCAUCAGAUGAUGAUGACUUUGAUGGUGAUGAGACAAAGCCUUAUAGAUUGAGGUCCUAUGUCAUGUACUUGGAUGCGGAGACAUUGCAGAGAUAUGCAACCAUAAGGUCUAAGGAAUCUAUUUCAUUGAUUGAGAAGCAGACGCAGGCCCUGUUUGGGAGGCCAGACAUAAGGAUAGCAGAUGAUGGGUCUCUGGAAACUCCAAAUGAUGAAGUUGUGGGAAUAACUUUCUCUGGCCUGACAAUGUUAGUCUUGGAGGCAGUUGCAUUUGGGACCUUUCUGUGGGAAGCCGAGGGCUAUGUGGAAUCGAAGUUCCACUUUCUGUCAAGUUGAAUGUACUUUGAACUGGUCAUCAUUUUGAGCGAUCGCCGCCGCCGAAUGUUGUGGGUCAUGCCAACCUGUUAUAUUUGAGUGCAAUUGUGAGAGAGCUUUGGUCGAUAGAGCUACUCUUACUGGAAAAGGUGAAAAUGAUGACUCUGGCAUUCCCGAUAUACUUUCUCCACUCGUCAUCAUGCUCUCGUAUAAGUUCUGAUCAUAGUGGACUCGAGCAGAUGAGGAUGGUCGGUCUUAUGAUGACAUAAUGAUGAUAUUGAACUUACAAAGGAAGGAAGAGUAUUAGUGAUGUAACGAUGAUGCCGAAGUAUUUCUGGUCAUCUGGCUUUGUUAUUGUUGUUGUUGUUGUUGUUAAUCGAUGAUACAUAUAUCUUUUCUGCUGUAAAGUGCCAAAGAUAAAACGAGUAUUUCAUUUA